UCUUCGCGUUUGAUGACAAAAUGGCGAGAGAUCGAUGAAGAAAUCUAUCGCGACGUUUCAUGCAAUGGAAAGAGACGAAUCAAAGCGAUUUACUGGAAUCAUACAACAUUUGCAUAAGCUGAUAUGAUCACCAUUUGGUUUGACGACGUUCCUUCUUCAAUCAUCGAAGCGCCAAAUCUGCACGUAAUUGCGAAUCUAGGAGUUGAAUGAUCGCUUUUCGUGGAUUUAACUCUUUCUGAGGAAUCUAGAUCUGGAACAAGUAUUUACAUCCCAUUGUAGAAACAUGUCAAAAAUGAGAAGCAUAACGCCACAAAUUCAGCAUUUUGCUCCCUCAAGUAUUAUGAAAUCAACUUCAGCCAGCUCAGAUGAAUUCAAAAAUGGAUUCCCUAUUGAUGGGCUAUCUGUUGUCUCUCAUCGAUGGUGGGGAACUAGCAAUGUAACCGAAAAUGAGAAUUCUGGCAUAAACGAAACUAUAGAUGUUGGAAAAGAAUCCAAUGAAUUGGAGGGUGAAAAGGCUCAUACAGUGGAAGUUAUUGAUGGGAAUAUUGAUGAUCCUCAAGGAAUAGCUCUAUUGUUAUCUAUUAGAAGAAGAGCUGCUGAGAAUGGUCGAAAAGCUAUCAAGCUUGGAGUUUAUAGGGGCGACGGAUCCCACAAGCUUGGAAUGAAGGAGAGAAAGCUAAUUCAUCGGAUAUUCAAAUCCUCAUUCUGCGAUUAGAAUCUGUAUAAUGGCUUCAUUUGAAACUAUAAUUUCUCAGCCACACAUGGAUUUCGAUGAGACCACGCUUGGAAAUGAGGUGUAUUUGGACUUAAUACGACCCUGAUUCAUAGUUUUUUAGGGUUCUGUCAGAUCCAAUCUCGGAUCAAGAUUGAGAAACAAGAGUGCUUUUAAAUCUCAUUCUUGUGUUCUUGUUUGUAAAACUUGUAAUGUUGAUAAUUUGUGACAAAUAAUGAGUAAUGGAGAUUGUUACU